GACAGAUGACAGAUAACAAAUCCAUGGAGGAAUAUCGAUAAAGUUUUUGUUUAUUUACCGAUUUUAAUAGUGAAUAUUGUUAAGAAGCCAUGUGAAUUUUGUGAAAAAGUUUAAAGUUCUUAAGGUGAAUUUUGUGUAAAAAUUUGGUACCAAAAUGGCUCAAAGUACCAGUGGAGGUACGUCUUCAAGAAAACACCCCAGAGAACAUGAUACUGCUUCUGUGGUGUCUUCCAGGAUUGGUGAUGUCACAGAAUGGGAAGCAAAUGAGGCCUUACGCCAACGAGAGCUCGAAGAAGCCAAAGGCCGGGCAGCCCAAAUGGAGAAAACCAUGAGAUGGUGGUCAGAUUGCACCGCCAACUGGAGAGAGAAAUGGUCCAAAGUCAGAAACGAACGCAACAAGGCCCGAGAAGAAUCCAAACAACUUCGAACAAAACUCGAAGCCUCCUUAAAAGAAUCCUCCUCAUACAAACGCGAAAAAGACGACUUACUCGCCCAAAACGACCAACUGAAGAAGGAAAUCGAGAAAAUCCACUUGCUCCUUCUCAAACACGCUGGCCAAUUUGACAGUCAGAUUUUCGAGGCCUUGGGAGACGAUCCUUUGAAAGACUUCUCCUUCAGUAACGGGUCUCCAUUGAAAGACAGCUCGCUAAGAGGUGCUGCGUCGCCUUUGAGAGAUCUUUUGCGUGAUCACGAACGGGAAAAUGGUGUGUCUUCGUCGCAGAGCAAUCCGGAGUGUGAUAGCACGUCUCCGGUGAAUUUGGAUGGGAAAGAUAAGGACGGUGAUGAGUUGAGACUGUCUAAGUCCAGUCCUGAGCAUGAGGCUGCGGUGGAUGACGAUUACGUUAGUCAGAAGGUGUCUAUGCUGCAAUUGCGGCUUGAAGAGGCGACGAAGACUAUUGGAAUUGAGAGGGAAGAGAAAUCUUCUUUGCACAGAACCAUUGAGCGAUUCACCAAUGAAUUGCAAGAAGCUAAAGAUAAAUGUGAUGAGUUAAGAGAAGCUAAACAAGAAGCAAUGCGCGAGUUACUAUCUUUACAAGACGAACAUGAAAAAGAAAUCCAGAUUAUCAAAUCUGAUUUGAUGGAUGAGGCGAGUAGUCGGGAAGGAAUGGACAAGAAAUUGAACGAUUUGCGUGGAGAGUUGGAAAGACUUCAAGCCGAAAAUGCUUCAGAAUGGGGUAAGAGAGAACGUCUAGAAACAGAAAAACUGACGCUAGAACGGGAUAACAAGAAACUAAGAACAGAAGUUAGAGAUUUACAAGAACGUUUAGAACGCAAGGGAAGUCGAACUUUGAGCACGUCAGAUGCGGAAAUUCGACACCUCCAACAAGAACUCUACGAAAAAACCAAGGAAAUUUCCGAAUUGAAGCAUGCACAAAGCAAACUGAAAAAGUUGCUUCAAGAUAAAGUGACUGAACUGUCUCACACGACGAGACGAGCGGAACAGUAUGAAGGCGAAGUGAAGAAACUCAGAGGACGGGUUGAAGACUUGAAAAAAGAUCUGGCAGCGAUCGAAGAUGAACUUGACGCUUCUCAGAAUCACGCUAGGAAGUUGCAAAGGGCGAAUGACGAGCUUCAAGAGCAAGUUGAUAGUUUUCAAGUGCAAUUGCAGCAUUUACAUACCAGAUUGCGUAACCAAAACUCGGCAACACUGUUGGCACAUCGUGUCGCUACACUGCCUAAGUCUUGCAGCGAUGCCGAGGAUGAGUUGAGCGAGUUCCUGUAAAUAAAUAAUCCUCUUGUCCUAAUUCUUUGUCUUUAUCCCACUUCUAAACUACAUUUAUUAGAAAAUCCUAACCAGAAUUACAUCCAACCUUUACAGUGAGUCCCAUUUUCGUAUGUCUUAAGCCAUACUUUGGUUCCAGCGUUGGAAACAAUAUUUGGCACAGUUUUUGACAAUGUUAUACAAUAGACAUAUUUGGCAAAAAUGUAUCACCAUUAUAGCAGUUCUUAGAACCUUAAAAAAUAAUUUGUAUUACUUUUUUUAGAAAGCUCAUAACACGGCAAAUAAAAUAAAAACAAUAUACAAGGUAUCCAAUCUAAAAAAACAUCAGUUUUGGUCAUACUUCAAGAAUAACAGCUCCCAGUGAAAAAAAACUAGUUACGCCAAUGAAUUCUUCAUGAAACACUAUGGGACUCAGUUUCCACCUUUUUGAUAAGUUAUAAGAUAACCGAGAUAUGAGGGGAGUCGGAAAAUGCAACAAUUUCAAAUACGCCCUGUAUAUCAGGGACUAAGAGGGCUAGGACAAAUAUAUGUGAAAACCGCCAUCUUUGUUCUUUCACUCAUAAACGAGAAACCCUUAAAACACACGAAAAUGAAACACCCUGUACAUAACUUUAGUAGACCUAAUAUUUUCUCAGUGCACAUAUUUUUCAAAUGCACUAACAAUCUACUAUAAAAACCUGACUUUUCUUUUUUAAGAACCUUUACAACAAUUGUUUUCAUCCUGUACAUUACUAGAAUUACUAGAUGUAAAAUUUCUCAGUGCACAUAUUUUUCAAAUGCACCCACCCUGUAUACUAAUACUAAAGCGUUUAUUUUUGUGAGUGUGAGUGUAAGUAAGUAUCCGUAUUAUGCGAGAUUAAUACAUGUAUAUUUUUAUAUAUUUAUUUAAUUUCAAAUCUGUCAUAUACAGGGUUUAGAAAGACAGAGCCUAAGAUAGAAAAUUUAAUGGUUUGUGGCCUAUUUAAAGUACCUAUAGAUUUAUAAAAAAUAAUAAUCUAAAAAGUAGGAACGAAGAAAGAGUUUUUGGUGUAUCAAUUUUAUAUGUAUCUAACAUUAUGUUGUGAAUAAGAUUCCAAAAAUAUAUUGAAUUUAAUAAAUGGAAUAUAUUACCUAUUUUGACAGAAUAUUUUGACAGACUUUAUUUUAUAUUGUAUUUACUCUUUAAAAACGUUUGUAACACACAAUACUUUUUUCAUUAUUUGCCCCUAAGCAGUGUCAAAGUUUAAGAGAAGAAAAUAUUAAAUACCGUAUGAUUAAAAGAAAAGGGUUCAAGUUGCCUUGGAAAUGACGAUCAUUGUUAUUCCCUAUAUAAAUUUCCAUAUAAAAUGACAGCGAUCUUGAUUUCUAAGCUAACUCUGACACCGUUUUUUUUUCGAUCGCAUUAACUUACGAUUUUUCUAUUUUUAAAAAUACUUAAAUGAACAGAAAGUUUAGUUUAAAGAUUUUCAUACCUAUUUCAAAAAAUCACAUACGAUUUAUUUUUGGAUGGUUCAAGAUACCAUCAAGCUUUAAUAAUCCUUGUGAAAAUAACAGAAGGCUAGUUGCAAUUUUUGUCUCUUUGUGCUAAGAAGUAUUUUUUUAUAGACUAUUUGGUAAAAUUUACUAAAAAAUAAACAAAAAUAAUAUACAGGGUUAUUCACCUCAUUCGACACGGAGUAUUGUUAUUGAGUCAGUAUUGUGUGAUGGGAUUGUUGUAAGACUACAAUUUAAAAUUAUUUUCAGAAGGUACAGAGUGUCCCAAAUAAAUAAAAAAUAUCAAAGUUUUAUUUAUUUAAGUGGAACAUCCAGUGUAUUAUUACAUUUUUGGGUUCUACGGUUAAAAUAAAGGAAAUUUAAAUUAAGGUUUACCGCACUUUAAUCUUAUCGUUUUUGAAAUAUUUACGUUUUUGUGAAAAUACAGUAACAGUGUCCCAGAUAUACCUAAGUGCAAGUAUUUUAAGGGCUGGUAAAUCUCGAUAAAAGAAACAUAUUUUCUCUUUAUCGUUUUUCAAAUAAGUUC